AUGGGCAGACACAUAAUCCAAAAAUGGAAUGGAAGAAAGCAAACCACCGCCUGUUCAGAAGCCCAGCCGGCAAUCCAACUAACCCUCCAGAAGAUUCCAUUAUUUUGGUGUAUCUACUCCUGCGAUAUCACUUAUAAAGCCACAAGAAGACUAAGCGCCAAUUUGGUCUCAGUUUCCAAAGCAUUUAAAGAAGAAGAUAUAAUUUACAAACUCCAGGAAGUUUCAGAUGAAAUUCGAUUAUUGCGAACUGAUUUUACUGCUGCCAGGUUUUUUGUGAUCAAUAGAAAAAUAGCCAUUUCUUUGUUGUCGGCUGUAGCCACCUAUUUUUUAGUGAUUCAGCAGACUAUUUUUCCUCGAGAAGUUAUAUAA